AUUGGAAAAGAGGACCAAAUCCAAUCCAUGCUCAACCCAAAAAAGAAGAAUGAUCCUUGGCUAGGAGUUCGGGAUUAUGCUGGAAAUGUGCCAAACAAACAGCAUGCAACCCAAGAGACCUUGCCCUCUAAAAUCUGCCUCAGAAACUGCACCACGCUACUAGCUAGAUGGAAGCUACUAGGUAGAGAAACUUGUUUCAUCCUCAUUAGGCCAAUUUUAAACACACUUAUCGGCGAUGGAAAUAUAAGAUUAUCAGAUGUUGAAAAUCAAAGCAAAAGAAGAAAGAAAAAAAAGUAAUGAAAAUGAAAAUUUCUGAUUUUUGUGUAUUAUAUAAUGGCAGAGGUUUGGUGUCUACUAUCUACUAGGCAUGUUGCAGUUGGUUUGUCGUCAUCUAUUCUCCCUCCUCCCCAGAAGUUGAUGGAUGAAUGAAACUGAAGCUACCAUACAAAAGUGGUUGGGGACUCUUUCUCCUUUUCCCAAGGCCCCAUCUUCUGAACUCCUUUUGAGAUGGCAAGAGGAAAAACAAAUUAUUAUAGAAAAGGACUCACUUGCCCUCUAAAAGUAAAAUUAAAAUAAAACCAAAGUCACCUGCAACUGUGACCCAGAAGCCCCCAGUGCAACCCAGCUCACUCCCAUUCCCAUGACCAUUAGAGAGAGAGAGAAACAGAGAAACAGAGAGAUAUAUUUAAAACUCUGUCAAAGGCGCAAAUUAUGGAGAAUAUAACAUGAAUGAACUGUACGUGUAAGGCUUAGCUACUGGUGCUGAUGAUUGUGAUGAUGGGAGCCUUGUAACUUUCAUCAUUCAAGAUUCAAAGCACAAGCACACUUUUGCCACAGCCCUAAGCCAAAAGCUCUUCUUAUACUACUAUAGCAAACCCUCAAAUCCCAAACUACCCAUCAACACCCACCCAAAGACAAAGCCUUUACGCCUCCAAAACUCUCUCUCUCUAAAUCUUCCACAACCUCUCAAAUACAAAACUACCCAUCAAUACAAAGCCAAAUGAAUAUAUAAUCAAACCUCCAAACACCCCAUUCAUACCUCUCUCUCUCUCUCUCUCAUCAACUUAAAACUUCCAACAAUUCUUCAACUGCAUAUGGUUUGAGUAACAAGCAGCAAUGUUGGACACCAUGAUCCCAGCAUGUUUCAGCCAGCCCAACACACUCUCAAGCAGCUCUCAAGUGCCCCAAAACCUUAUAACCUGCAUAUAUCAAACUCAGCUUUGUAACUCACCCACAUAUCUCACUCUCACUUGGUCCAAAAACCUCUUCUCUCACUCUCUAACCAUUCAUGCCUCAGACUCUUUUUCCAUCACCAUCUCCCUCAACCCAUCAACCUUCUCAUUCUUCAGAACCAAACCAGGCUCCAAAUCCAUCUCUCUAACCCACAACCAUUGCCAAAAAAUCAAGCUUUACUGGGACUUCACCCGGGCUGACUUCACUCACAACUCGGCUGAGCCAGAGUCUUGCUUCUACAUCGCCAUUUCUUGCAAUGCCAAAAUUGAAUUCUUUCUUGGGGAUCUUUUGGACGAGUUCACUCGGCGGUCAGGGGUAGUUGUGACUCACAAACUCAGCCAACCUGCCCUGUUGUCAAGGCGGGAACAUGUGUUUGGGCGCAGGAAUUACAUAUCCAGAGCUCAGUUCUUGGGGUCAAAACAUGAAAUUGGAAUAGAGUGUAGCGAGGGUACACUCAAAGUAAAAGUAGAUGGAGUGAUAAGCCUGAUUGUCAAAAGGUUGGCUUGGAAAUUCAGAGGCAAUGAGAGAAUUUUUGUUGGUGGAGUUGAAUUUGAAUUUUACUGGGACGUGUUCAACUGGGUUAAUAAUCAUAACGGUGCUAAUGGGAAUGGUCAUGGUGUAUUUGUUUUUCAAGUGGGUGAUGGUGGGGUGUGGCCAGAAAUGGUAGGUCCUGAGAAGAGGUUGAUGAGGAAGAGCUUGUCAACAUCGGCUGCUUCGGCAUCAAUGCCGUCGAUGACUUCGUUGUCCCCGUCGCCGUCAUGCUCAAGUGUGUUGCAAUGGGCAGAGGAGAGUAGUGAUGGGGGGAGAAGUUCAUGUUCUUCAUCCACUAGGUCAUAUGGUAGUAAUGGGGGGUUUUCUCUGUUGCUGUAUGCUUGGAAGAGGGACUGACAAAGCAAUGUGAAUUAUGAACUGACCCUUUAUCUAUUAAUUCCAAUCUGAGGAAACGUUUGAGAUUGGAAAUAA